GUGGUAAUAAAUACCGGUCGCGCGCCGUUUGUGCCUCAGGCUUGGGAAGUUUUCCUCGGAGGUUCUUGCUUCAACAGUGAUUGAACGGAACUUCUUCCCAAUCUUCGAGAUUUCGGCUUUUGUUUGUCAAAUCGUAUAGAUUUCUAUUUUUGUACGUUUUGUUUAAGAAAACGAUAAAACCAGCCAAAAUGGAGACUUCUCAGAUCCGUCAGAACUACCAUCGCGACUGCGAGGCCGCCAUUAACAAGAUGGUGAACCUGGAGCUUUACGCCUCCUACACCUACACCUCCAUGGCCUACUACUUUACUCGCGAUGACGUCGCGCUCGAGGGUUUCGCGCAUUUCUUCAAAGAGAACGCGCACGAGGAGCGCGAGCACGCGGAGAAGUUCCUGUCCUUCCAGAACAAGAGAGGCGGCCGCAUUUUCCUCCAGGACGUCAAGAAACCGGAGCGUGAUGAGUGGGGCAGUGGACUGGAGGCUAUGCAGUGUGCUCUACAGCUGGAGAAGACUGUGAAUCAGGCUCUGCUGGACUUGCACAAGCUUGCCACGGAGAAGGAAGAUCCUCAUCUGUGUGACUUCCUGGAAUCUCACUACCUGAACGAGCAGGUGGAGGCCAUAAAGAAACUGGGUGACCACAUCACCAACCUCUCAAGGAUGGAUGCUGCCAACAACCGUAUGGCGGAGUACCUGUUUGAUAAACACACCCUGGGAGGAAAGAGUUAAAUUGAUUGUCAUACAUUGCCUGUUUGCAGAUUCUAACAAGAAUCCUUCUUUGUGCUCUUGCAGGAUUGUUUAAACUGUUAAGAUAAACAUGGCAUUUCUCUAAUCUUGUUGAAUGUGUUACUUCAGGUUUAAUCAUGACUAAUUCUGAUGAAUAAACAUUUUGAGCCACA